UUUGGAGGAGAAAAAAAAAAGGGUCCGAGGAGAAACCGCAGAUAAGGGCGAUGAUCACAGAUUUUAAUUCUUUUCGAUUCUUUUCCUCAUGUUCUCUUCUCCCUUUGAGAAUCAAAUACAUCGAUCGAGACAGCCUCAUUUAGGAUUUUUUUCAAUUUCAAUUCAAAAGAUUAUCAUCAUAACUUUGUUUGAUUUAUUCACUCCACCCAGACCCAUAACAAACCCCAUCCAAUUCCCCAAAUCCAACCGUCCCCCAAUUUCAAUCUCCAUCAAACCUAAACUAAUAGGAUUAAACAUUCUCCAAUGAAGCAAAGAAAAGAGUGCAAUCUGUAUAGAGACUAGAGAGCUGUAGACCAAGUGAAAUUACAUAGAGCUCUACAGGUCUGUUAAUAACCAAUAUUGCAGGUAACAUUUUUAUUUUGUCCACCUUAGUAAUUCGAGAGACCGUAUUAGGCUGUAUAAACAUAAAUUCCUACAUUUCUUGCAAUUCAGUAUUUACUCAUUUGGCGGUAUUUACUCAUUUGGGCGGCUAACUCAACUAACAUCUAAUUAGAUGAGCCUUUUACUAAGCAUCUGACUAUUCCAUUGAAUAUGAUUGAGUAUUUUGGUGUGUAGUGCAAACAGUUAAAAGCUUUAUUUGUAUUCCAAUUGUUAAUUUGGUUAUUAACUAAUUUUCACAACACCCAUUAUUUUUCAAGAAAAGAGACAAGACUUAAACUAAUGUAGUAGGCUUGGUUUCCAAAGUAAUGAGCUUUAUACUUAAAGUAGCAACAAUAUCUUUGAGCAUUCUCAUGACACCAAACGUGUCAUCUAGGUAUGUCCGAGUGUGCAUGCAAAUAGGAAUGGAUUCCUAUUGAUUCUCAUGGCACCAACCGUGUCAUCUAGGUAUCUUUGAGCAUUCCUAUUGAUUCGAAUGAUGUUAGUACUAAUGUCUUCUUAUAGAAAAUGCAGCUGGCUAAAGCAACCAAAAAUUUUUUUGCUUUGAAUGCAUCGUCAUUGAUCAUGACCCUGAAGAUAACCUAGAUAAGGAUCCUGAAGAUAGGGAUUUGAAUGGAACUAAUAAAGAAAGUAAAAAUUCAAUUGUUAUAAGUAGAGUGGAGAAAAGCGAACAAAGAGAGAUUUGGUAUAAAAUUCAAGACAGAGAAGGUAUGGGUGGUAAUAAUGUUCAGACUUCAGAGUAACAUUUCUACCAAUAGGAGGGGUUCAAUUGCUGCUGCUAUUGUGGUUGUAGCUACAGAGAUCUGGGGAACCUCUAGGUGGCAUGGUCAGGCAGCUUUCGAUGGAUCAGUUUGACUCCACAGAGCGCCAUAAGGGACAAGAAUCUAUUGGAUAGACAAGUAUAUGUCAUUAUGGUGGCUUGGAAGCCACAAAUGAUCGAAGCAGAUGACUACAUAAUGAAAUUGGCUAGACAUGCAAAGCUAUCAGAUCAUCUUAUGAUAACGAAAUUCACCAGAUGCACAUGCCGGAUGCUUAUAUGUGGGUUUAUUUGAACUUGGUUGAUUUUUUGCUUUGCAUACACUAUUUCUUACUAAGAAGAAGUGAUGAAAGUGGCUGGAACUAGGUGUUGACGUCUUCUUGAUUUUCUGUUGAAGAUAAUUAAUAUUACAUGGGAUCAAAUAAGAGAUGCAAUUCUGCAUCUACAAUGGACGACAGAGGCAAAUCAUCUACGCGUUUCUGCUUAUUCCCUAAAGUGCGCUCUGCAAGCUUUGGUCCAGGAAACUCACCAGUCUACCUCAAUGUGUAUGACUUAACACCCAUUAAUGGUUAUCUCUACUGGACGGGGCUUGGCAUCUUUCACUCUGGUGUCGAAGUACAUGGCGUAGAGUAUGCUUUUGGAGCUCAUGACUUUGCAACUAGUGGCGUAUUUGAGGUUGAGCCUCGGAGUUGCCCAGGUUUUAAGUUUAGAAAAUCAAUCUUCGUUGGAACAACAUCCAUGGACCCAAUUCAGGUUAGGGAGUUCAUGGAGCGCCAAUCUGCAAGUUACAAUGGUGACACAUAUCAUUUGAUCGUAAAAAACUGCAACCAUUUCUGCAAGGAUAUCUGUUUUAAGCUCACAGGGAACACAAUCCCAAAAUGGGUGAAUCGGCUAGCAAAAAUAGGGUCACUCUGCAACUGCAUUCUUCCUGAAGCUCUGAAAGUAACUCCAGUUCGAGAUGACCCGAAUGACCAAAGUUUGGAUAGUGAGAAGAGGCGACUUCGAGGCUCCUUCAGUUGCUUGUCUUCAAUCUCGAUGCGGCAGAAGCAAUUGUCAUCAUCUUCAAUGUUUCUACAAUCACCGUUAAAAGGUUGCCUACCACCCAGAGGCAUGAGCAAAUCCAGAUCGUUGAAAGAAAUGUAAGAAAAAACAUAUUGCAAUCAUUUUCUCUUUUUAAAAAGUAUUUAGGGACGAGCUUGUGGAAGAUUUGUUUUGCUCACUGUCACUAUUAUUGAAGUGUGAUAAGUAGGUUUCGUGAGCUGUAGCAGGAAAAACCAAACAAAAAGGAAAAAGAAAGCAUGUAGAGAUCUUAUUGCUGUUUGUAUAUAUCUGUACGUCCAAUCCCCUAUGUUUCCUAAUAUAAUUGUUUUCUUGACGAA